AUGCCCGGGCGGUUCGACCCGACCCUAACAGCGAGGGAGAGAUUGCACCGGAUGCUGCAGCUGGAAUGGCUCAGUCGCACCACGCGGCUGCUGCGUUCGCUCCUCGACACCGGCGCUCUGCCGCCCGACGUGCUGGCGCUCGACCUGAGCCCAUCGGGAGAGGUCUUAUGGACGUCGACUGAGGACGAAUACAACGGUGCGCCAGCUGCCCCCAUUACGGUGGUGUCUGGGACGAGAUUCAGAUCAUGCGCGGCUGCCAGCUCACCCACUCAUCCUGCCCAUCGACUCGCUCGUUGUCGAGGAGCUCACGGGGCUUGGGUUGUCGGAUUCACCACUCCCUUCGUCUCGGCCCGCUCGCUGGAGAAACCGCUACCAGGGCCAUUCAAGCUGCGCUGGCUUCGGGAGUUGAUGGGCCUCGUCGAUGAGCUCAACCUCGAGUACGGCAUCGUGCACCAGCAUAUUGCCCCCCGGAACCUUUUCAUCAACCCGGACACCGACUCCAUCCUGCUCUUCGACUUCAGCGCGGCGGCUCAGAUGGGGAAAACGUGGCGCCGUAGCCGCGCCAAGUGGAGGAGUUACACCAACUUCGAGGAGCGCGAACGGAACGACAUCACCGGCGUGGCCUACUUCCUCUACAUGGUCAUCACCCGCGACCCGGCCUACCGCUUCAUCCGCUUCGACGCCAUGGCCGACGACGAGUUCGACGACCUCGCCAAAUGGACCCAGCACCCCCAAUUCACCCCGCUCGACCACCCCCUCGCCAUCUUCCACGCCGAGCUCACAGCCUGGAUACGCAAGCGACGCGCCCAAGCAGCAGCCGAACCUGAACCGGACCAGCCCAAGUUACCCAACCAGUCCACUCCCCAUAAUCACAACCGCACCCACAGCCACAGCCACAACCAUAACAAAACACCUGCUGCCACCAUAACAAAACACCUGCUGCCGCCCCCCAACAAAUCACUGUCCCCCCUCCCCCCCGCCCUCCCACCGACGAACACACCGUCGCCGCCACCCUCGCCGAGCCGUUAG